AUUGAGCAUCUAAUACUAAUAUCGGCCCUUUGUGGCGUAGUGUGUGGAAAUAUUUACACUUUCUCGCAGAUCAAAUCAACUUCUGCUGAAUUCAUUCAACGAUGGCGAAGAGAUCUCCCUCCUCCUUCCUCAUCUCCCCCCUCUCUCUCUUCCUCCCCAGAGGCGAUGCUUUCCUCUACCUGUUCGCGCUUCUCUCCCUCUUCUCUCUCCUCCUCCACCACCUCUCCGCCUCCCCCACCUCCGCCCACCCCCACUUUGAGGGGUUCGAUGCUGAAGAAGAUGAAGAUUUUGCCUUUGGAGACCCAAAAACCGACGAUGUUCCGCCUCUUCGCACCCCGCCUCCCCCUAUCUCUCUCUCCACUCCCACUUCCGAGUCUCACCACGGUCCUCCGGAGUCCGAAAAAUCCCAGAUUCAGUCCCCGCCCUCCGAUCAGAGCACGAAGCCCCCUUCCACAUCGGCUUUUGAGUACUGGGAUGAAGAUGAAUUUGAAGGUAUUCCUCAGAACGUAAUUUCAACGCCCGAGAUUGAGGGGGUUCCUGAAUCUGAUAGUGCUGGUUCUGAAUCUGAUCCCAGUCCGAGCUCUGAAAAUUUAGAUAAAGACCCGAAAUCGGAUGUGAAAUUUCUGAAGAGGCUUGGUUCGUAUUCGGUUGAAAUUGCGUGCGUUUCGUUCUUGAUUGUGUUUACGAUUAAUUAUUUUACGGGGAAAAGAGAGAAUGAGAAUUUAGCCUUGGCCUGGGCUAGCAAAUUUGCUACUAAAGACUCGAUUUUUGACAAGAAUUUCAGUUUGUUGGGAGUGGGGGACACCGAUGACUCCCCACUGUUAUUGCAGGAGGGGAAGAAUGUGUUUAAAUUUUAUGCAAGCGGUAGAAGGUUUUGCUCGGGAUUGCUGGCCACGAUGGAGCUGAAGAGUCGGCAUGAUUUGAUUUCGAGGUUGUAUAAUAUGGUGGUACCCUGCAAGGAUGAGAUCACAUUUGAGGUUUAUAUGAAUGAUGAUGCAAUGGAUCAGGUGGUUUUUGCUUUGGCAAGAAAGAAGUUGGCAAAGACGAUGCAGAAGGAGCUGAGAGACUUGCAGAGGUUGGCAGGGUUGGUGAAUCCUCCGAACGGGAGGAAAUGGGUUGCUGAUGAGCUGCAGAUAGUGGCCGAGUCUAAGGAGGUUGCUGGGGAUUUGAUCACUGAUGCUGUGCUUGAGCAGGUUUUUGGUGACAAAGCUUUUGAUAAAUUCGGAAAGGGUUUCAUCUCGAUGCAUUUUUCUGACCAAUACUUGGGCUCAAACAAAAAGAUGCUGGUGUUUAAGUUUGCUCUCCCUGAUGCAAAUCACAUGGCUGACAUGACUCGACUGGUUGCUCUUGUACCUUAUUACAUUGACCUAAUUGGGCGAUACAAACUAAGCUCGCAUGCUCGAUCUAAAACAGAUGCAGCAAGAACAAAGAUUGCCCAAGAGAUUUACAGAGAACUACAGAAUGCCAGGCAAGAGGCCUUGCAGAAAAAGAAGGCUGAGCAAAGAAAGAAGUUGGAGGAGGCUGAAGCAAAGCUAAGUGCUGAAGCUCUUCGCAAGAAAGAGGCUAAAGAUCGUGCCCGUCAAAUGAAGAAGGCAAUGCCGAAAAUGAAGAUGACUAGAGCUCAUUAGAUCCUAAAGUUCCAGUUAGGUAUUAUAUUCUCAUAUCAGUUGUUGUCAUCUUCAUUUGGUUUGCCUCUCUUUCCGCAUGGAAGAUCUUACGUGUACCACCUGUAUUAGACAUCUUAGACAUUGACGACCAUCAGUCAUCAAACAUUACCACUUUGUGGUUUUUGAAUGUAGCAUUAGUGUCACUAUGAAGAUACUGGAGGCGUUCUCUUAGCAAUUUCUUUGCUGCACUUUGGAACAUUUUCAGUUUGCAUCACUGAUAGAAAGAAUAGAACCGAUUGAAGUGGUUGUGUUGACUAUUUAAAGAGAAUCUAGAAACUAGAUGUCCAGACUGCAGAAAUCUUGUCUGUUUUCUUGUAACGUGUUGUCGAGUCCAUCAUUCCACUUGAACACUGGAUAAAUAGCAGAUGCAGUAAGUUGAUUCUGCAAAAUUGUUACUUUUCUUUUGGUUAUUGUACAACAUGUGAGAAUUGCAUUGCC